AUGUCGAGCACUUCGAGUUCACGAGUUGAUCUCAGAGAUCAUGUCCAGGAUCAGGACCUCUCUGAAGAGUAUCUGUCUUCGUCAUCCCGCGACUAUUCCGCCGGCAGCUCCCCACUUACCACGCCUGCGCUGUCUGAUGAGGAAUUCGACUUUGAUGUGCCGUCUGAAGAUGCUCUCCUCGCACCAACACAGGCGCCGGCUGAUGGUUCGGAGAAGUACAUUAUGGUGAUUGGUGGUCUUGGGUAUAUCGGCUCCCACACAACACUCGAGUUGCUUCGUGAGGGACACAAUGUUAUCGUGGUGGACAACCUGAGCAACAGCUACAAGACGGUUCUGAAGAACGUCCGAAUGCUGGCGGCCCAUCACUGCAAGGUCAACAACGUUCCCAUGCCCCGUCUUCGCUUCUUCCGUAUCGACUACCGCAGCAAGGCCAUGCAUGUGCUCCUGGAGAGAUACAGCAACUUGGUGAUGACGGUGGACGCUACGUCAGGCAAGCAGGUGGUGUCGUACCAGUCCCGGAUUGCGGGGGUGAUCCACUUUGCGGCAUACAAGUCGGUUGUCGAAAGCAUCCAGCAGCCCCUGCGCUACUAUCGCAACAACGUGUGUGGACUAGUCAACCUGCUACAGGAGCUGGAGCGUUUCAACAUCCGCAACUUUAUUUUUAGCAGCUCGGCCACCGUGUACGGCUCCAAGGCCAACGCCGGCCUGCCACUGAAGGAGGAGGACCUCAUCCACCACCAGGUCAAGACACAGAACGAGGCCGGAGAGACGACCAUUGUCGAGCCAACCAUCGAGGGUCUGUCGUGCCCGUAUGCGCGCACCAAGUACUUUGGAGAAGCCAUCUUGGCGGAUGUGGCCGAGGCGGACCCUGAUUGGCGAAUUGUUGCGCUCCGUUACUUCAACCCCGUUGGAUGCGACCCUUCUGGUGUGUUGGGCGAGAGCCCGCGCGGGGAGCCGACCAACCUCUUCCCCGUGCUGACGCAAGUCCUCAAGGGCGACCGCUCAAACCUCAAUGUAUUCGGAUCUGACUGGCCGACCCGAGACGGUACCGCGAUCCGUGACUUUAUUCACGUUCUCGACGUUGCCCGUGGGCACAUUGCGGCGCUCAAUUGGAACUCGAAGAAGGGCAACGGAUUCUCCACCUUCAAUCUCGGCAGCGGUACGGGCACGACGGUUCUCGAGGCGGUUCGCAGCUUGGAGCAGGCGGCUGGUCGUGAAAUUCCCCUCGCGCUCGUUGACAGGAGGCCUGGCGAUGUCGGCAUGUGUGUCGCGUCGACGGAGCGCGCGGCUAAGGAGCUCGGGUGGUCGACUCGCGAGAGCAUCACCAAGUGCGCUGCUGACCUAUGGAACUACGUGUCCAAGGUCGCGUUGAGGUCGUGA